AAUUAAAAAAUUAAUAUAAAAAAUGAUCUAAAAAUAUAAAUAAAUAAUCUUAAUAAUUGUAUUAAUACUUGUAAGUGUAUAAUCGAUAAAAUAAAAAGUCAACGAAUAAAAUCUAGAAGAAAUAAAUUUAGAUAAUUUAAAAUGCUAAUUUGGAGCUAAAAAAAAUGACCAUUAUUUAGAAGGAUGCGUUGUUGGAGACGAUUGUAAAAAUUACGUUACUUUAUAAGAAGCUGCUUAAAUGUGUUGUAAAACUGCCGGAUGUGGUGGUGUUACCUGGAGUUCAUGGAGCUUUGAAAAAGGAACUGAUAUGAUUAACUUUGGUUAUUAAAUGAGAGCAAAAUCAAAUCUAAUUGCUAAUGCAACUAGUAAAGAAAUUUCAUGGUCACUUAAUUCUAUAUAAAAUGAUGUAAAAGAAGAAAAUAUUGAUGAAACUUAAAAAUAAAAUGUUGAAAAAGAAGUAAAGGAAGAAAAUAUUGAUGAAAUUAAUUUAGAUAAUUUAAAAUGCUAAUUUGGAGCUUAAAAAAAUGACCAUUACAUAGAAGGAUGUGUUGCUGGAGACGAUUGUAAAAAUUACGCUACUUUAUAAGAAGCAGCUUAAAUGUGUUGUAAAACUGCCGGAUGUGGUGGUGUUACCUGGAGUUCAUGGAGCUUUAAAAAAGGAACUGAUAUGGUUAACUUUGGCUAUUAAAUGAGAGCAAAAGCAAAUCCAAUUGCUAAUGCAACUAAUAAAGAAAUUUCAUGGCCAUUUACUUCAAGAUAAAAUGUUGUAAAAGAAGAAAAUAUUGAUGAAAUUAAUUUAGAUAAUUUAAAAUGCUAAUUUGGAGCUUAAAAAAAUGACCAUUACAUAGAAGGAUGUGUUGCUGGAGACGAUUGUAAAAAUUACGCUACUUUAUAAGAAGCUGCUUAAAUGUGUUGUAAAACUGCCGGAUGUGGUGGUAUUACCUGGAGUUCAUGGAGCUUUAAAAAAGGAACUGAUAUGGUUAACUUUGGCUAUUAAAUGAGAGCAAAAGCAAAUCCAAUUGCUAAUGCAACUAAUAAAGAAAUUUCAUGGCCAUUUACUUCAAGUUAAAAUGUUGGAAAAGAAGAAAAUAUUGAUGAAACUUCAAUAUAAAAUGUUGUAAAAGAAGAAAAUUUAGAUGAAACUUCAAAAUAAAAUGUUGAAAAAGAAGUAAAAGAAGUAAAAGAAGUAAAAGAAGUAAAAGAAGUAAAAGAAGUAAAAGAAGAAAACAUUGAUGAAUUUUAUUUAGAUAAUUUAAAAUGCUAAUUUGGAGCUUAAAAAAAUGACCAUUACAUAGAAGGAUGCGUUGCUGGAGACGAUUGCAAAAAUUACGCUACUUUAUAAGAAGCUGCUUAAAUGUGUUGUAAAACUGCCGGAUGUGGUGGUGUUACCUAUAGUUCAUGGAGCUUUGAAAAAGGAACUGAUAUGGUUAACUUUGGAUAUUAAAUGAGAGCAAAAUCAAAUCUAAUUUCUAAUGCAACUAGUAAAGAAAUUUCAUGGCCAUUUAUUUCAAGAUAAAAUACUGUAAAAGAAGAUAACAUUGAUGAAAUAAAUUUAGAUAAUUUAUAAUGCUAAUUUGGGGCUAAAAAAAGUAACCAUUAUUUAGAAGGAUGCGUUGCUGGAGACAAUUGUUAAAAAUACGCUACUUUAUAAGAAGCUGCUUAAAUGUGUUGUAAAACUGCUGGAUGUGGUGGUGUUACCUGGAGUUCAUGGAAUUAUGAAAGUAGUAAAGAAAUAGAUAGCUUUGGUUAUUAAUUGAGAGCUUAAUCUAUUCCUAUUGCUAAUGAAAAUAAUAAUGAAAUUUCAUGGCCACUUAUUAAUAAAGAUUAAGUUUCUGAAAGUGAAUGUCCUAUUUUGUAUUCAGAAUGUGGUUUUAAAGGAGCUUCAUAUAAAUUUUGUGAAAAUGUUCCUUCUACUGAUAAUAUUACGAUUAAGAGUAUAAAGAUACCUACCGGUCAUAAAAUUACUUUCUUUUCUAACUAAAAUUUUUAAGGAUAAUAAAUAGCCUUUACAUAAUCUAUUGAAUGUGAUAAUAAUGGUAUCUAUAUUUUUAAUUAACAAUAAGUUUCUUAUUUAAUUUUAAAAUCUUCUGAUAAAAAAUAUAACAUGAAUUUUUAUUAUACAGGAUGAAUAUAUUUUUUUCAUUGAAUUUUAUUUAAUAUAUAUUUAGUAAAAUUAUUUAAAUUUUUAUUUAAUUUUUUUAUAAUUAUUUUUUAUAAUAAUAAUUUAAUUUUUUAUUAUAUAAAUU